AUGCUACCCGCGGCUGAGCGCGAUGAACACGGUGCUUCGGGGCUUGAGGAGACGGCAGAGGGUGCAGCUAUUGCAGCUGCUAGCUUAGCAUUGGGAGAAGAGCUCUUCCGACAACGACCACGCAGUCGUUCAACUUCCCCUCGUGCUGCAGAGAAAGCCCAUGACCUUGCCCCGAAGUCCCAGAGUAGACCGUCUUCGCCAGAGAUGUCCCGAGACCAGGAUCAAUCACGAAGGAUGUCCCUCAACCGGUCGACAGAAUCGCCAACUGCAGUGCCUUUGCACUUCCGUCGACCUCCGAUGUCCCCAGGUCUGCCCCGUUCAGUGCCACCUGAGAUCCCAACUCCGCCUGGCUCUACCGGCUCUCCAACCCAAUCCCGCCAUCGUCGCCCGAAGUCUGUUGAGAUGUCUGGGGAAAUGCGCCCCCUAUUUCUAGUGGAAAGACAUGGAUCAGCCAAGGUGGAGCCAGAGAUUGAUGAAAAGCUACCCUCGCUUCCAUCUAGCAAGGCUUCUUCACGAGCUCCGUCUAUCGAAAACCUUAGGGACCUCAAUGACGAGGAUGCUGUCAGAAGCUGGGAGCCUCUCGAUGCUAGUCCGUUGAUGGAGAGCCGAAGACCGACUGGUCUGAAAAUAUCCACUGAGAAAGCCAAUGAGCAUGAAGUAGACUACGAUGUUUUUGGCUCGCAACAAGCUACCCCAACAGCAGAAAACUUUGGUGGAUCUCUUGAGUCAGCUAAGAAGGAGAAGCGAAAGCCCGAAUUUUAUUCUCCAUCCGACCUCCUCCGGGACCCUGCAGCUUAUCCAGAUCCCUCUUCUUCAAACAUUGAGAAUCUCCCUUCCCCCGAAGGGUCUGUGAUUGCUGUCAGAAACCAGCCCGACAAUGCUGGCGCUAAUACGGAGGCUGAGGGUGAACUUGAUAUUCCACAAGUCUCCAUUGCCCAGCCUUCGGAGGAACCUUCUGUAGAGAAAUCUCUGCCUGACGCCACUGGUGUUGGGUUUUCUGAAAGUGUUGAUGCCGCUGUUAUUGCUGCUGCCAAGGAUGACAGCAUGUGUGUUGACUGUACCGACAAAGAUGUCUCUGAGCCUCUCGCUCAGCCGGAUAAUCAACAUGCCGCCGACGUUGCUGACAAUAAGGUGACUGAUAAGUCUUUGCCCGAAACGGAAUUUGAAUCAUCUGUCCCUUCUGGAACAAAUUUCCCAGGCUUUUCUGAUGUGGUCGACGCUGCUAUUGUUGCCCAGGCUUCUUCCAAUAACAAGCCCGAUGAUGAAGAGCUAGGUGAGCCUGGCACAGCAAUUGAAGAACAACCACCCACCCAACUUGAGCUUGAACCACCAGUUGAAGUUGAAGCAGACAAGGAAUUGGUUCCCGAAUCCUCUGAGCAGCCUACUGAGCCAUCCCAGUCAGAGGAGGGGCCGGUCGUCGAGGAGACAAAGGAGACGAAGUCUCAAAAGAAGAAGAAGAAAAAGGCAAAGAAGAAGCAGGCCGAUGAAAGCGCUGACUUGCCUUCCGAGCCUCCGAAGACCACCGAAGAACAGAUCCCCGCGCUAGAUACCGCAGAACAUGAGUCACGUUCCAUUGAGCCUGAACUAGCAGUCGUUGCGGACAGCGAAGUUCCUCCCGAGGCCCAGCCGGAGUCUGCACCAGCGGAAGCGUCUAGAGAGCUCGACGUGGAAACCACUCCUUCUGCUGAUUUGACUGAAGACUUGGCACCCACCGAUGAACAGCUUCUACCCACUACUGAGCCUGAAUCAAGCUCUUCUGUGCCAAUUGAGACUGCCCCUGUGGAGCCUGCAACUGCUCCUGAGCCUGAGGUACAACCCGAGUCUGAAGCUGCUGUGACCGAUGUUGCCGCCGAUGAACAUCAGGAUGAGUCUGGUGGUCUAUCUAAGAAGGAGGCACGGAAGAACAAGAAGAAGAACAAAAAGAACAAGAGUGUUUCUUCUAUUACCGCGGAGGAGGGUACUUCACACAAUUUGACUGAGGAGCAGCCACAAGAGACGGUGCCUAGCCCUUCAGAAAGCCAAUCUCAGCAAGAUGAUCAGAAAUCCACAGCUCAGACCGGGGAUAUUGUUGAGAGCAGCGAGACCCCAGCCUUGGAAGAAUCCACAGAGAAAGACAUUGCCCAAGAUUCCAGUCUUGCCGAUAUAGCUGUGCAACCCGAGGAGGAAUCAUCCGAGUUUCAGGACUCUUGGGAGAUUAUAGAGCCCGCAGCUGCCAUUCCCACCCAAGAAGCUUCAGAGGAACCAAAUGUUCAAGACAUGAGCAUGUCAACUGAUUCGUUCACGGCCAUCGAAGCGCCCACUCCAGAGUUGCAGGAGGUCGAGGCCACAGAACAAGCCAAGGAUAUUUCACUGCCUGAAGCUACUCCUGAUGCCGCUGCUGCAACCUCAGAAGAGCCAGCCGAGACAGACUCUGAUGCUUUCCAUGAAGCAGUUGAGGAACAGUCUACUCCGACUGAGGAGAAGAAGGAUGUUGAGACUGAGCCUUUGACUGAAACUGUUGCAGACAUUGCCACUCCUGCUUCUGCCGAGCCCGAGGAAAUCAACCCAGAGGACACUCCAGAGACCCAGUCAAAGAAGAGCAAGAAAAACAAGAAGAAAAAUCGCAAAUCUGUGGUCUUUGACGAGGGAGAACCCCACUCUGAGCUCCAACCCUCUUCUGCUACAGAACAGCUCACUAAAGAUAUCAACCCUUGGGGUUCAGCUUCCACUGCCCCUGUUGAAGCUCAAGAGCUUGGAGAUGCUCAGUCACCUGAAGCCACAGAAGUUGCUACAGAUGUGCCGGCCUCGAUACCUCAAGAAAUUGCUGCGGAGGCGGCACCCCUGGAUUCCCAGCAAGAUGUGGCAACUCAGGACCCUGAGCCUUCUCCCUCUGAUCAGGUCGAUGUCGAUCUGGCUCCUUCCAGUGAGGUCGCGAGGGGAACCGAGGAGGUACAAAAUCAGCCAACUACCGAUGUUGAAGCGGAGUCUGAAGUUCCCUUGACCCCAGCACAAAAGAGGGCUGCAAAGAAGGCCGCUAAGAAGAAGGCAAAGCAGGAAAGCGUUACUUCCGUGUCGGAUGAGCAGACCCCCACAGAAGCUCCCUCCAGCGAGAGUCAGCAAGCCGAACCUCAGCUUGAUGAGCCCGUCCAGCUUGAUGAGCCCGUCCAGCUUGAUGAGCCCGUCCAGCUUGAUGAGCCCGUCCGGCUUGAAGAGCCCGUCCAGCUCGGAGAGGAGCCCCUAGCUUCCGAAGAAGCUGUCGCGGAUGAAGCAGUUCCCGUUUCUGAGCAGGAAAUAGACACUCAAGAGCCCGAGCCUACUCCCUCUGAUCAAGUUGAAGCCACCGCAAUGCCUACUGGGCUCGACACGGCAACUGAAGAACCACGAGAUCUGCUCACCGCCGAUGUUGAAGCAGAGCCUGAAGUGCCUUUGACUGCAGCACAAAAGAGGGCUGCAAAGAAGGCCGCUAAAAAGAAGGCAAAGCAGGAAAGCGUUACUUCCGUGCCGGAUGAGCAGAACCCCACAGAAGCUCACUCCAGCGAGAGUCAGCAAGCCGAACCUCAGCUUGAUGAGCCCAUCCAGCUUGAAGAGGAACCCCUAGCUUCCGAAGAAGCGGAUGAAGCAGUUCCCGUUUCCGAGCAGGAAAUAAACACUGAAGAGCCCGAGCCUACUCCAUCUGAUCUAGUUGAAGCCACGGCAACGCCUACUGAGCCCGACACGGCAACUGAAGAACCACGAAAUCUGCCCACCGCCGAUGUUGAAGCAGAGCCUGAAGUGCCUUUGACUGCAGCACAGAAAAAGGCUGCCAAGAAGGCCGCCAAGAAGAAGGCAAAGCAAGAGAGCGUUUCUUCUAUUCCGGAUGCAGAGACUCCAGCCGAAGCUCUCUCUACCGAACCUCAGACCAAUGAGCCUGAGCCUGUUGAGUCCCAAGUUGCUGAAGCAGCUGAGCCCACUCCUGAAGCUGAGGCUGCCCCUGUCGACGAAAUAAAGGAGACAUCAGCACCUGAAGUGACUCCAAUAGAAGUUGAGGAGACAAGGGAGCUGCAACUUGAACCUGAACCUGAGCCUGCUCAAGACCCCGACCCCGAACCUCCUAAGGACACUGUUGCAGAAAUUUCUGUCCCUGAAACUCCCCAAGCAGAAGUUGAGGAGAUCAAGGAACCGGAAGCUGUACCUGAGCCUACCCUGGACAGCGUCGUGGAGACACCUGCUCAGCCCACAGAAGCUGAAUCUGUUAAGGAGCCCUCUGAGGUUCCAGAAGAGAAGCCAGAAGUUGAGCAGCUAUCCGAAGAGCCUCCCGCUGGCUUGUCAAAAUCCCAGAAGAAGAAGUGGAGGGAAAAGCAACGGAAAUUACAGCAGCAGAGUAUGAGCUCCAAUCCUGAAACACCUGCAGCUGAGCCUGCCCACGAGCCUGAGACUGUUGCCGCUGAGCCAAGCAAUGAGACUGAAGCUCCUUCCAUAGAAGGCCCAGCUCCAGAGGCCCUUUCUGAGCCUGCGACUGAGAUCCCCGUGAAAUCCAGCAAUGAAGUCCAAGAAUCACUAGAGAGCGAAGCUGUCGAGCCAAGCAAUGAUUUUACUGAAUUACCCGCGAACAAAGAAGCUGCAGUACCUACAACAGACGUUGACGCUGUGGAGCCUAGCAAAGAAACUCAAGUUGAGUCUGUGGCUGAGGCGGUCGCUCCCCUUGCCGAGGUAGGCCAAGAGGAGGAAGUUCGCGAGCCAGUCGAGACUCAACUGCCCAAGGAAGAUGAGAUUACUAUGUCUCCUGCUGCAGAGACUCCGGCAGAGACUUCCGCAGAGACUCCAGCUGAUUCUCAUGAGGCUGAGACCCAACGCAAAGAUCCUGAGCUGCCCGCAGUCGAAUCCGAACAGCCAAUGUCUGCUGCUGAAAAGAGAAAGGAGAAGAAGAAGAACAAGCGGAAAUCCAAGCAGCUUGAGAGCCAGUCCGCCGCCGAGAUCGAGCCCUCUCCUGAGAAAAUUACCGCCGACAAGGUGGAAGAGCAGCCGACAGAGGCCGAACCUGCAGCCCCUGCUGAUGUCGCUUCUUCUACUUUCGACGAAGCUCCAGCCGUUACUAAGCCUGUGGCUAUAGAAGCUGCCCCAGCUGCGACAGAUCCCGAGCCUACCGCCACCGAGAAGCAAGACAGCGAAGAAGGCCAAGAUGCAUCUGCCCUUGACAAGGAAGCUCCUGUGGAAGCGUCAACGGAUGAUGCUCCAGGUCUGGCCCCUGAGCUUGGAAAUGAGCAAGUCGCAGAUGCUCCGCUUGUAUCUGAAGAGAUCUCUUCUGAAGCUGUGACCGCGGAGAAUGUAGCUGCUAUCGAAACGCCGGAGGACUCCAAGGAUGCUCUAUCUACGGAGAAUCCAACACCCUCCGCGGGAUUCACCGAGGAUAAAACUAUCCCCAACGAGCUUGCUGAAGAGACAGUUGUUGGGGCGGAGCUGCCGUCUGAAGCUAUUUCUGGGGAGUCCGGUGGACCAGUCAUCGACAAUGUGUCCACUGAACAGGCCGCGGAUCAUGAAUUGAUCGACACGGGCUCAAAGAAGAAGAACAAGAAAAAGAAGAAGGGACAGGCUACUCCUACCGAGCAAGAAUCCCAACCGGACUUCCAGGAGCCUUCUAAGGAAGAGCAAGAUGUUGAUGACCCUGCUAUCAGCACAACUGUUUUGCCUACACCCGAUGUCGAUGCGGCUGUCUUGACAGAAGAGCCAGAAAAUACCGAAGAGUCCAAGCAGCAAGACAGCCAGACAGAACCUCUCAUAGUCGAACAAUCAAGUGCCGAGGCUGAUCAAGUAGAGUCUGAGCCUGUCUCCAAGAAGUCAAAAAAGAAGAAGAACAAGCGCAAGUCCGUCGCUUUCGAGGACAGCAAUGAUGUGACCCCUGCCGACUCCCAAUCAGAACACGAGCCCGCCAAGGAGCUCAUCAUGAGCGACGAUACACCGGAAGGGACUGUGCUGACAGAGCAACCAACUCAAACGUCCACAGACAAGGAGUUGAAUGAGCCGGAUAAUACGUUAGAGGAAGCCCCAAAGGACGAUGUUGAGCCUAUUGAAGCUGUCCAAACUAGCGAUCAGGUCCCCGAAAUCGAAACCUCAGAGCGGAGUAUAUCAGAAGCUCCCAAAGAAAUAGAGGAUGCAUCGACUUCUAUUCAACUCGACGAGCAUCCCGCCGCGGUGGAUGCAGCCGCAGAAGUGGAAGAGGAAGACCCUGAAUAUGCCAGUCUGUCAUCCAAAGAGAAGAAGAAGCGCAAGAAGCAAAAGGAAAAAGAGAAGAAGAAGAAUGCUAAGUCUUUGGACUUGGCCGCAGAGGAGCCUUCUACGCCGACAGAGUUGCCCCAUGAACCCGAGUCCGAAGUUCUUCAACCUCAGGAUGACAUAACUGCCACUGUAGAGGACAACAAGGCUGUUGAACUCGUUAAUGCCGACGCCGCUCAACCAGAAGGCGCCGACAUCAAGCAAGAGGCUGAGACGAGCGAACCCCCCGAAGCUACUCAAAUCACUGAGCCCGAGACAACCACCAGUGCUGAGGAAGUCACCGGUAAGGAAGUCACAGAGCCAGCUCAGCUGGAUGAGCAACAGCUAAUCAUGACCAUAGCCGAGCCCCCCGUUGAAGCAGAUGCCUUGCCGGAGCCGGAGGGACCUUCUGAGCCUACCACCGAGGCAGAGCCCGACACUGAAAUGACUGCCGAGGAGCGUCGCAAAGCAAAGAGGGCGGAAAAGAAGAAAAAGCGCAAGUCGAAGAAUCUCAGUACCGAUGACGCCACCGCUGAAUCCGAUCCCACCGACGCCACAAUCAUCGCUCAGGGAACCGAAAAAGAUACUACGGAACCCAUUGCAUCCGUUACGGCUCCCUCGCCUGCGGAAGAUGACGGUAAAGAACAUCAGUCCCACGACAUUGGAACGCCCGACGUACCGGCACAAAUUUUGACUUCGACUGAUGACAUCGUAUCUUCGCAGGUAGAGCAGCCGCAGUUAGAGAAUCUUUCAGAUUAUCCUCCCCAACCCGUGCUUGAGCGUUCGAAUGAUUUUGGCAAAGCGGAUAAUGGUAUUGAAAAUGAAAGCCAAGAGACUACCCCCAUUGCGCAUGAGACAGAGGAAGCAACGGCUUCAAUGGAGAAGGAGAUUGGUGUUGAAAAAGUCCUGGAAGAGACGGCAGGAGAGACAGGAGAAAAAGGGUUAGAAGAUGUACUAAAGGAGGAGCUAAAGGAGGAGGAACGUGGAGAAGAAAACGUGGAAGUUUUUGAUUUGAAGGAUGAGCUACCAACGUCAGAAAAAGAGAUGGCCGCGAACGAGGAGCCGGCACCAGAGGUGCCCGAUGAGACACCUGCUGAGAGCACCAAAGAUAUUGCUGCUUCUCCUGACCCUGAGCCAGCUGCCUUUGAAGGGCCGGAGACGUCCAAAAAGCAAAAGAAAAAGAAUAAGAAAAACAAGAAGAAGCUCCAAGAGGAGGAAAGCGUUGAAACAGAGCUCUCCGCCAAGCCAGAGCUACCGGGUGCAGAGGACAAAGAACAGCCAGAGACUGUGCCCGUUGCCCUAGAGGAAACCAAGACCAAGGAGAUCCCUCACCUUGAGUCCGCACCAGCUAUCGAAGACAUUCCGGUUGAUCUGGACCAGGCCACAGGCGAUGUGCCCGAGACCCAGUCAGUUGAAACCGUCGGCCCUUCCGGGGAAAUCGAGAAGACCGAAGAAAUGUCUGACGCCGAAGCCCAAGUCAACGCACCAGGUGAAGUAUUUGAGCCUUCUGCCACAGGAUUCAAAAUCUCCGAAGGACAUACCGAUCCGCAGGAUAAGCCGGAGGCAGAAGAUGCUACUGAGGCUACAGAAUCCGCAGUUCUCUCUGAAAAUGUGGAGGAGACAAAGGAUAUUUCACCGAUGGCCAUCAAAGAGGAACAGCCGCCAGCUGCAAGCAAUGAAGUUGAAUCUGUUGAGCCUUCUACUGAUCUCCCAUCCCAGGAGGCCGCAGUGGAGCAAGCAAAGGAAGCUCCGCCUCCAACUUCGGAAAUGCCAGAGACAGCUCCUGUGGACACCGUUACAGAACAAUCUGUUGAUGAGUUUAAGGGCCUGAGCAAGAAGCAGAGGAAAAAGAAGAUGGCAGAGAAGGCUGCCGCUGCCGCUGCUGCCGCCGCCGCCUCCGUUGCUAUCGACGGCGAAAAAUCAGUUCAACCAAAUUUCUCUUUUGAUGAGGUUUCAAAUACUGAACAUGUCCCAGAGGCCACUACAGAAGCAGCUCAACCGGAAGAUCUGCAGUCUGUUCCAGAUGUUCAGUUGCAGCCAGAGCCUGCACAUGUGCAUGCCAGCGAGCAGCCUGUAUCGUCUAUUUCUCAACCCGCCGAGGAUGUCUCCGAUAAUACGAUAGAGACACCGCAAGAACCGGUUGAAGAUGCCGUGGAAGAGAAAGUUGCGGCUACUCCCGAACUCUCGAAAAAGGAAAAAAGAAAGGCCAAGAAGAAAUCUCGACAGGAAUCUUCUGACCUGACUUCUGAUCCCAAUGAGCUAGCAGCCCGUGUCUCCGAGGCUGAAAAACCAGAGGUCGCUUUGAAUGUCGAGACGCUGGGCACAGAGGAGCCCAAAGACACUGUGCCUGAGCCAGAGUUCCCGACCGAUGAGCCCGUGGUGGAGAACGUUCGCGAGAUUGAGGAGAUCGAACCUGCCGCAGGCCUCGAAUAUGAAAAGCCUGUAGAGAAGGUUGAGAGUCAACAAGAUUACGAUACUCAGAAGACCGAGACUGCCGUUCUAUCAGGUCCUCUUGAUUUGACCUCGCCAGCUGAAACUGAAGUGCCAACUGCUUCUACCGAGCCUGUCCGAAAGGAAACCACUCAGACACCGGGCCAGGAGUUCUCCCUUGAGAGAGCAGAGGAAAAUGACAUGCCGGAAGCUGAAAGCCAGGCACAAGCCCAGGAGCAAGAUAAAAAGCCUUUGACUGAAGACUCUGUCGAAGACUCGCCUCAACAGGCUGAAGGUACCAUCCUUGAUUCAAAGAAAAUGUCUAAAAAGGAAUUACGCAAGGCCAAGAAGAAGGGCCUUCUACUGGAAAAUUUGCCAGCAGAUCAGGAGGAACAAGGCAUGGAAAGCUCAACUACACAGUCAAGAGAUGCAGAAAUUUCAGCACCAGAGUCCACUGUGGAAAUUGAAGAAAUGCCUUUCUAUGAAAAGCAGCCCGCAUCCGAACCUGAGCAACUCGAAGAACAGGAUUUACAAACCCGGCCAGAAGUCGAUACUCUCACAGAGUCAGCACCGAUCCCCUCUGAGUCAGCUACGAAUGAUCCAGAACCCUCCCUCUCACGGAAGAAUUCUAAGACCUCAAAGAAGGCGAAGAAAGCCGAAAAGAGCCAAACCUUGGAAAUCGAGCCACUGUCCGAGGUGACCGACGACCUGGAGACUAAAUUGCCCAUCGACAAAGAAUUGUCUCUCAAAGAACAGCUCGAGCUCGAAGUUCCGACGUCAGAUGAGACAAACCAAGAUGAGGAGUGGCCUAGAAUUGAGUGGGAGCAAGGCAAAUCUACAAGUACCGCUCCUACUCACGAUCACACUGCUGAGCCUGAGCAUGAGCCUGACACUGCCAUUCCAGCUUUCGAAGCCAUUGAGGAGUAUGAUGAGCAUGCUAUCCCCGCGGCAUUGCAGGAAGCCAAGGAGCUACAGGCAGUAUCGGAUGAACCGCUGAGUAAAAGCGCCAAGAAAAAGGCCAAGAAGAACAAGAGGAAGUCUGAGCAAGCAACCCUGGCAGAGUCCGCUGAGUCUGCACAGGAGCCGUCACAUGAACAGACUGAGUUAGCCACUGAAUCGACGCCAGAGGCACCAGCAGAUUUCUCGGCCUCCGGCGAAAUUGAAGUUGAACCUCCCGCCAGAUCUCUGACCCCCGGAGGAUCCAGCGUUGCCAACCUUUUCCCUGGAUUGCCUCGUGCAGGGUUUCGAUUGAAGAAGACAGCCGCGUCGGUAAAAGAUAGUGCUGAGGAUGAGACGACAGAGGACUUGCAAGCCAAUCGCGACAUCGCGAUCCCCGUCUCGGAAGCACCCCCCUCCGCGGCUACCGAACCUAAAGACAUACUCGAAACCACUCCUGACCCGCUCCCUGGAGCUACAAAAGAGAUCGAUCUGCCUGUGGAGCAUUAUGCUCCACCCGCCAAGGUUAUCUCCGAGGAAUCUACAAAGGAGCCAAAACUUCCGGUGCCUGAUGACGUUUUCGUGGAGGAACCGGCUUCAAAACCGGUGCACUCUGGAUCGUUAGAACGAUCUUCUAUGCUUUUCAGCUCAUCUCCGUCUACUCACACCGAGGAGCCGUCUUCGCCCCGGCAUCUCCUGCCAUCCCAAAUGGAGGUUGCCGCUGACUCUUCUUGUGAAUUGCGCCGAACUCCUUCAGUUAUCCACGGGCGACAUCAGCAUACUCCCCGCACGUGGAACUUGGAUGAACAAUCUAUCCCAGCGAUGGCCCCUUCACCACCUCGAUCUCUCUUUGGAGGACCAUUCGGAGAGCACGAUUCAAUUUCUCGGCCCCGGACUCCACUAGACCCGAUUGCGGAACAGGAACCAGGGGACGGACACAGAGCGACCAUGGCUCAGCAUGGGACGCCCCGCCUGGAGAUCAAGCCAGAGCAUGUCUUACGACCAGUUACUCCCGAGCGACCUGUUCCUACUGCACGAAGUAUUUCCCCCGUGCGAAAGUUUACAGACAAUUCCCAUGGGCGGGAAGCAUGGCCAACACCAGAAAAUGAAGCCCGUCGCAGCCAGGAAGAGUUGACCAAAAGCCGCAGCGGCGGCGAAUCCCCUAUUCUGAAAACACCCGAGCAGGGGAUGCCGGUGUUGAGGCCCUCUGGUAGCAAGGGCAAGCUGCGUCGCACGAAUCGGAGUACGAGUAGCGAUCUGCGGGCGGCUAGUCGUGCGCUAGACUCCCAGCCUCCCUCAAAUCUCGAUCUCGAUCAGCUUCCUUCCUCUUCCUCUUACGACCCCGUCACCGACAAGGGCAAGCGUCCUAUGCGCAACAUGUCGGAUGUCUAUGAAGGAUGGGGUGAGACUCCCAGUUCCCCGCGGUCGCCCAGCCGACCGCCUAGUGUCCGUCAUCGCCGAAGCAUCCAACACUUACAAGAUCUCGAAUCUCGUCUCGACCAACUGAUUUCAGACAACCGUUUGCUCGCCGCUGCCCGCGAUGAAGCUGAAGAGAGAUUGCGCAAUUCAAGCGUCGCUCGACGAAAGAGCGACCAGGCCCUUUACACCAGUGGCGCCGACUUACGAGACAGCAAAGCCGAGAUCGAACAAUUGAAGAGCUCUGUGGACUGGUUACAAAAGGAAACAACUCGCCUCACACAGGAGAAUGAAGGCCUCACGGCAUCCAAUGCUGCACUCGCUGCUGCCCAUGCUGCCGAGGUGAGCAAUGUGCGCGAAUCGUCAACUCGCGAGCUCGAUGUUCUGCGGUCGCAACAUAACGACCUGUCGAGCCAGGUAGACGAGCGCGUCCGACAAGAAAUUGAAUCCGCUCUAGCACAGAAAGAUGCUGAGCUGCGACGCCUGCGCGAAGAUCUUGAAGCCGCCCGCGAUAAAGUCAAGGAACUACAGCAACAGAUCUCUGCGUCGGUCCACGACAAUGCCCUUGUCUUUCGAGAUGAGGAUUAUUUCGACGCUGCAUGCCAAAAGCUUUGUGGCCAUGUUCAACAGUGGGUGCUCCGCUUCUCCAAGCACUCUGACCACCGUCGCUGCCGUGCUCUGAGUGAACUGCAUGAUGAGAAAAUCGCCGAUCGCUUCGACAAUGCCCUUCUUGAUGGCACCGAUGCUGACUCCUUGCUCUCUGAUCGAGUGCGCCGCCGUGAUGUGUUCAUGUCGGUCGUGAUGACCAUGGUAUGGGAAUACAUCUUCACCCGAUACCUAUUUGGUAUGGAUCGGGAACAACGCCAGAAACUCAAGUCUCUGGAGAAGCAAUUGGCGGAAGUUGGCCCCCGUCGGGCAGUCCAUCGUUGGCGCGCCACCACCUUGACCUUGCUGUCCCGAAGGCCAGCAUUUGCCUCUCAGCGGGAUAGCGACACUGAAGCCGUCGCCUUGGAGAUCUUCGGCACCUUAUCACGCGUGCUCCCACCCCCAUCUCAAAUGGAAGCGCAAUUACUAGAUUCCCUGCGCAAGGUGCUUCGUGUCGCUGUCAACCUUUCCCUCGAGAUGCGUACUCAGCUGGCUGAGUUCAUCAUGCUGCCGCCCCUCCAGCCUGAAUAUGACACCAAUGGGGAUCUCGCCCGUCAGGUCUACUUCAAUGCCUCAUUGAUGAAUGAGCGCAGUGGCGAAACUAGCUCGAAUGAUGAGUUGGAGUCGCAGCAGGCUGUUGUACGCAUCGUCCUCUUCCCUCUCGUUGUCAAGAAGGGGAACGAUGUUGGUGAGGGCGACGACGAGGUUGUCGUCUGCCCGGCUCAAGUCCUCAUCGCCCGCCCCGGCAAAGACAAAAAGAUCUCUCGAAUGAUGAGUGGUGACCGGAUGUCGCUGGACGCAAACAAAUCCGUUCAUAGUGUGGCACCUUCCACCUUCACAAUGGACAUGGGUAGUAAUCAGUUUUGA